GGCGUUUUGAAUAAGCAUCAAAAUGUGCAGAUGGGGAUGUCAAGCAAAUGACACAGUAUCUUAUUGUUCUUUAUGAACUGAAAACUAUUAAUUAAGACGUACAUGUGUAAAUGGUGUGGAACAAGGUUUUGCAAAGUCUGUCUCAUUGGAGAUUUUCAAGGAAAAAUGACGUCGGAAGAUCACUGUUUCGUGUGUAAUCAGAUCAAAUGUAUCGGAAAACGCGUUGAGUAUGUACCGUCGAAAAUGAAACCAGAAGUGAAAGUUACAAAGAAGGCUGGAAGUCGAACAAAAAAAGGCAAAAGCAAAGGUGCAGGUAAAAGUGGGAAGAGUACAAAGAAAACUGGAAAAGGUAAAAAGAAGAAAUGAAACUAGGAUAAGACGACAAGUAUUCACACAACUAUAUUUAUUCAAGAUUAUAUAGAAAUUAUAAUGAAUUUUGUACAAUUCAAAGAUUUUAAAUGACUGGUUAUUUGAUAGACUAUUUGAUAUUAUUCGAAAUACAAUUAUGUGUAGCCC